AUGGACCGUGUCACCCAAGACGAUCGCGUCCAGUGGGCAAUCUCACAGCGCCAUGUAUCCCAAAGAGGCGCUUACAACUUCGCUCAUCGCCACAUAUGGGGACCGCGGGAGAAGUCUAUGGCCAACCCAUGGUCACCGAGUAAUCCCGAUGGAACAGUCAUUUUGCGCCUACCUGAGAACAGCCUCAUGCACCAGGAAGUUGCACAGUUUAUCAAGGAAACCAUCAAUGUGCUUCCCUUGGAUCAUUUGACUUACAGCACAGGACCACGGGGAUCUUUGCACCUCCAUCGCGUUCUUGCCACAUUCAUGAAUAAGGAAUUUCAUCCUCGAGAUUCAGUCACGGCCAAUGAUCUCUUUAUAACGCCUGGGUUGGCCAGUGGCUUAGAUGCAGUGGCAUGGUCAGUUUGCGACGAAGGUGAGGGCAUACUUGUUCCGCAACCGUUCUACAACGGCUUCAGCUUCGAUCUUCUGAAUCGAAGCAACACACGAGUCAUCGGCGUCUCUUAUCAGGGCAUGGAAGGAUGCUCAAACCUUGAGGAUAUUUUCCGACCUGAAGUGAACAGAUUGGCUUUUGAGGCGGCUCUGAACAAGGCUCGUGGGGAAGGUGUGAACGUCCGCGCAUUGCUAAUCUCAAAAAAUCGGCUACACUUCAUUUCUGACGAGAUCUACGCCAAAUCUGUCUUCCCGAAUCCAGCAAUCUCAGGUCAAGCUUCAUUUGUUUCUGUCCUUUCACUCGACCUUCACAAUGUCAUCGAUGCAAACUUACUGCACGUCCUAUACGGCGCAAGCAAAGACUUUUGCGCCAAUGGCCUACGUCUGGGCAUGGUGUACACGAAGAAUGAGGCUAUGCUAGGGGCGAUGUCGAGCAUUAGUAUGUUUUCUUGGUCACCUCAUGUUCUUCAAGACGUCUGGGCGUGCAUGAUGAAUGAUCAAAUAUGGAUGGAAUCCUUCAUGGAAAAGAAGACAGACCUCAUGGUGGAAAACUACCGUGUGGCCACCUCCUUCUUUCGGGAGCACAACGUCAGCUACUUCGAAAUGAACGCUGGGCUCUUCAUCUGGGUUGAUCUUCGCCACCUGUUCAACCCAUUGACUUUAGACGGAAAUCUUAGAAUUCAGUCUGAAAUUUGCAUAGCUCAUUAG